AGUAGCAGCUCAUGGCGUCGGGGCGCUGUGCAUUGAGAAAAACAAGCUGCGGCGAGCGCGUUCUCAGCCUGAGCCGGAUCACGCUCCGAAUUUAGGACAAAGCCGCCGUCAAACUGGAGGCGAUGACGCGCCUGGCGCUCCGCAGCUACCGACGCUAGGCACCGACACGACGGAAAACCGAGUUUCUCGCCGCGGCCACGCGCGCAGAUAUUAUUGUGCAGGUCGGGUGAUAAUAAUAAGCCGAGCAGCGGGGUUAUUCCCUUCAGGCGGCGGCGGCGGCGGCGUGUAAAGGCUGAACUGGGUGCAGUUCUGGACGACGUUCGAGCGAUUAAAUUAAUAAUAAUGAUAAUCAUAAAAAUAAGCAGCGGGUGACAGAGGCUGCAGUGAAGUGGAGUGGGAGAGAGAGGAAGACGAGGAGAGAGGAGGAGGAGGGGGGGUCUGUCGAAGAAAUCAAGUCAAUAGAAACUGAAGUGGAAGCAGGCGUUUAGAGCUCCGUGGUGACGUCACUGCUCCACAUUGAGCCAGUAGUAGAGACUCAGUGGAGAUAGAUAGAGGAGCGCUGUAGUAAAGUACACACCGACAUGAACUUCUCCCUGUAAAACUUCACCGUUGUCGCUCCGAUCGUCGGGACAGGACCGGUUUCUCGCUUUUUCGCCUCGACGGACGGAACUUGCUCUUUGUUCGCUUUUAACGGGAGCCCGGAGGAAAGCGGGGCACGAAGACGCAUUUUGGGCUUCUUUUCGGGGGGCAGACGACGAGAGCCAUGUCGUCCGCGGCGGUUGCUGCUUCUUCCAGGAGGCAGUCGUGUUAUUUAUGCGACCUGCCCCGCAUGCCGUGGGCCAUGAUCUGGGAUUUUACCGAGCCCGUCUGCAGAGGAUGUGUCAACUACGAGGGAGCCGACCGCAUUGAGUUCGUCAUCGAGACCGCGCGGCAGCUCAAGCGGGCUCACGGCUUUCAGGAAGGCAGGUCCCCGGGGCCCGGCAAGGCGCAGCUCUCCGGCAAAGACAUCCAGGCGAUCAACCACGCCGCGGCGGGGGACCCCGGCUCCCGGCCGCCGCAGCCGCUGGACCGCUACCCGCUGUCCUCCGACCGCCCGCCCAGGCUCGGUCCCGAGUACCAGUCGGUCCGGCAGGCGAACGGCAUUCCCGUCCCCAAUGGAUUUCCUAAGCCCGACGAGCCGCCGGAGCUGAACCGCCAGAGUCCCAACCCGCGUCGGAACAGCGCGGUCCCCCCGAACCUCGUGCCUUUGGUUAACGGGAGCAUGCCCCCGGGGCACCCCGUCAACGGCAGACCGGGCCAGAUGGGGCUUCCCCCCGCGCUGGCGGCCGGCAGCCCCACGGACCUGGGCAAGAGACCCGCCUCGGUGUCCAGCAGCGAGCACGACAGGGAGGCGAAGGAGAAGCACAGACCGGACAGCCUCACGCCGGAGAUCCCCGAGAGCCACAAGAGCCGCGCGGACGCGGACUGGAUGGGCAAGGGCAAGACGGUGCGGGACCUGAUGGCCCUGCACACGUUCGACAGCAGGUUGCGGAAGGACCAUGUGGCCAUGCCACAAAGGGUUAUGGGCUACGAGUCCAGCGCCACGGCUUCAAAGUCAGACAGAGGAAAGCUCCCGCGGAACAUGAAGCGGAAAGCGUCGCCCGAGCCGGAGGCGGAGGGCACCGCCGCCAAGCUCAACGGCGACGGACAGCAGUGGCUGCCGGCGGCGCCCGACGGCCUCAAGAUGCCCCCGGUGCCGCCUCCGAGCUUCGCCUCCCCCCCCUCCACCAUCUCCCCCCACUCCCGCACCACCCCGCCCGAGGCGGCCCAGAACAACCAGUCGCCCAUGCAGGCGCUCAUCAUGGCGGCCGACAACGCCGGCGGCAACAGCUCCCCCAAGGACGCCAACCAGGUCCACUCCACCACCCGCCGGAACAGCAGCAGCCCCCUGUCGCCGUCCUCCAUGAGCCAGAGGAGGCUGGCGCAGAGGGAGGCGUCGGGCGCCGGCACCCCCCACGUGCCCGGCAUGGACCAAGUGCACCCCCAGAGCAUUCCGGACUCCUCGGUACCGGGCAGCAUACCACUGUGCUGCACGCUGUGCCACGAGCGCUUGGAGGACACACACUUUGUACAGUGCCCGUCCGUGCCCUCGCACAAGUUCUGCUUCCCGUGCUCGAGGGAAAGCAUAAAGCAGCAGGGCGCCACGGGCGAAGUGUACUGUCCGAGCGGGGAGAAGUGCCCCCUGGUCGGCUCGAACGUACCGUGGGCUUUCAUGCAGGGAGAAAUCGCCACCAUCCUGGCAGGAGACGUCAAAGUAAAAAAGGAGAGGGACCCUUGAUUUUGUUUGAACACUUCUUUGGGGAGGGAAAGCAAAAAUAUGAGUAUAAAUAUAUAAAUAUCACAUACAUACCAUUCAAACAAACUAACGGACUUGUACAUAUUGGACCCAAGGGAAGACUAUACUUCGUAAACAUGGUUGUAUAAUUUUUGAUUUUUGAAUACAUUGUGUUUCUAUAUUUUUGAAGAUAAAGGUAUGUACUCAUUAUAAUGGACUACGUUCCUCUUUGUUGAUGUUUAACAAAAUUCUUGAUGUACUUCUAGGUCUGGUGGCAGUUCCUGUUUAACGUAGAAUGUGACUAAUGCUACUCUACGAGCACUUGGCAAAAACUGAAAUGCUUUUAGCUGUACUUGUAUGCACUUGUUUAAAAAUUGCCAAAUACAAUUUCUGAUCUUGUAUGAA